GAGCCCGCCUGGCCGGGGCGGGAGGAUGCGGCGCGCCGGGGGCCCGGCCAGGCCCGGCCGCUAGGCGGGCGGAGCGCGGCCCGGGCACCGAGAAUGAUGAAGUCCUCUGUACAUACAGAAGAGGAUGACUUUGUUCCAGAGCUUCAGAGAAGCAUUCAUCCCCGAGAGAGGCCGGAUUGGGAAGAGACUCUCAGUGCUAUGGCGAGAGGUGCAGAUAUCCCUGAGAUUCCAGGGGAGCUGCCACUUCGGACGUGCGGCAGCACAGCGAGCAUGAAAGUGAAGAAUGUGAAAAAAUCCAUCAACCCGGAACUGAUGGGCUGUGAUGCCUUUCACAGGUUAUCCUUUACCAAAGGCCACUUCCCGAAGAUGGCAGAGUGUGCACAUUUCCAUUAUGAGAACGUGGACUUUGGCAACAUACAGGUAGGUUUCAGAUUUCUUUUACAUACCAAUUUGGGUUGUGUUUGUCUGACUAGCUAA